AUGUCUGCGCGACUUGUCCAACGCUCCUUUGCCCGAUUGGGGCCCCCUGAAACCGUCACGAGAGGUUCCACACAAAGGAGGAAGCCCUUCGAAUGUCCCGAGUGCACAAGAUGCUUUUGCCCGUCGCGACCUGUUGCUGCGCCCCCAGCAAAAAGUUGCAUCAGACCACGACGCCCUCGUCCCCGACCUCGUGCUCGGCGUGAAAGUGCCAGCGGUGGCGCCGCGCCCGGACAGAGCAGAGCUCGCAAGAACAGCGUCGCCGGACCUCACGCAGCCGCCGCCGCCAAUGCCCAGGCCGCCAUGCGCCCGCGGGCCAACACCAUCAGCCAUGUUGACGGCAGCGCCAUGCAGAUGAUGGCAGCUGCCAACGCACAGGUUGCCCGCGGCAUCCCCCCCACCCAUGGCCACAGCCGUCAUCCUAGCCUGGCCAACCUGCCUAUGCAUGGCCUCGAUCACGGCUAUGGCAUGCCCAAUGGCAUGUCAACCGGUAUGGCAGCCGCCAUGGGUCAGCGAGGCGUUCAGCACGGCUUGCCAAAGCUCGAGACUCAUGCCAUGAAUAAUAUGAACAACAUGGACUUUAGUUCUGGCUUGAGAACGGCGCCCCCCAUGGCCUUCAAUACAGACUUUGACUUCGAAGGCCUACUGUUCGGGCCAGGUUCUACCAUCAACCCGAAUGCUCUUCAUUACAACGACUCGCCCCAGUCAAUGGCGCUGGAUCCCAUGUCCCCCUUCAUCCCUCAGAUGCAUGACAGCAUGCACGACAUGAACAGCACGCAGCACAUUGACGACAGCUUUGACUGGCUGACCGGAUUUGAACAUCAAAUGUCCUUUCAGGGUGCCGACAAUGCUGUCGACGGGUCAAGUCCGUCUGCCAACAGCACCAACAGUCACAGCGGUAUAAGCGAUGUCAUGCUUGAUGGGUCUAACCACCAGGUCUCGGCGGCAACGUCAUCCAUGUGGCAGCCCGCCGUCAUGGGCCCGCCGCAGGUCCCCAAUCCCUUCUCUAUGGAUUUGACCAAUUCGGUGUUUCCGGACCUGCUGAAUGGCGCUCCCAUGUCGCCGCAGCCACCCCAACAAAAGCCCAACGACGUCUACUUCUCCACGCCUCCGCCCUCCAUGAGCUCCCUCAGCCCCUCUCUCGUACAGGGCCUGAACACGCAAAAUCUCAACCAGGCACUAAGCUACAACACAGGGCCCGAAACACCUUCAUCCCUCAACGGCGGCAACCAUGGCGUUUCUCCAGUGUCAACCAUUACCGAAGCCACGCGCGGCGCAAUCGUGAACGCUCUGUCCCAGUGCUCUCCUUUCGGUGGUCGCAAGUACUCCUUUCCUACUCCCGGAUCGCCCAUGUCCCCAGGCGUCCAGAACGUCUCCAACCUUCCAGACCACGUGAAGAGUCUGCCCAGCACGCAGGAUCUGCAGCGAUAUGUUGGUUCAUACCUGCAGUCAUUCCAUCCUCAUCUACCCUUUCUCCACAUCCCCACACUAUCAUUUGAGAUGUCGUCCUCGUCCACAACAGGCCGUUCUAACAGCGUUGGUGGCAGCGGCUGUCUGAUUCUCUCCAUGGCCGCCAUCGGAGCUCUCUACGAGAUGGAGCACACCCAGUCGCGAGACCUUUUCGAAAUGGCGAAGAAGAUGAUUCAGCUCUACCUGGAGGAGCGUCGCAAGGCCGAUGUACGCAAGGCCGACUUCCGACGCACCCCCGGCUCUGAUGCGAACUCACAAAUCCCUGAAAGUGCCGUGCACACGCCCGUCUGGCUGGUCCAGGCCAUGCUACUCAACGUUGUCUACGGCCACAACUGCGGUGACAAGACGGCCAGCGACAUCGCCUCCACCCACUGUGCGGCUCUCGUGAGCCUUGCUCAGGCUGCUGACCUUCUCCGACCCAUCCGGGUUGAGCCGACUGAGAUUGAGGUCCAAAUGAGUGAAGACUGGAACGGCAUGAAGUCGGAUAUGGAGGAACAGGUUGAGUGGCUGCAAUGGAAGACGAUGGAGGAGCGCAAACGGACACUCUACGUCAUUUUCAUCCUUUCAAGUUUGCUGGUGACAGCGUACAACCACACUCCCGCGCUGACCAAUUCGGAGAUCUUGCUCGACCUACCCUGCGAUGAAGAAUUCUUUGCCGCCGAGAGCAGCACCGCCUUUGCGGCUAAGGGAGGCGUGCGCAGUGCCAACCAUAACCGCACAACUUUUCACGAGUCGCUCGGCGAGCUCCUGCGCACCAACGAAAAGCAGCAGAAGGCCUUCAACCAACCUUCGGGCUCCAACGGGAGCGAAUCUCAUCUCAGGCCCUCAACUUUUGGUUGCCUAAUUCUUAUUAAUGCCCUCCACAACUACAUCUGGGAGACGCGGCAACGUCAUCACAACAAGGUCUGGACCAACGAGGAGACCGAAAAGAUGCACCGCCACAUCGAGCCCGCGCUCAAGGCGUGGCAGGCUGCUUGGGCCAGUAACCCGAAUCACAGCCUUGAGCGACCAAACCCCUUUGGUCUGGGGCCCCUCUCCGCCGAUGCAAUCCCACUGCUCGACCUCGCAUACGUGCGCCUCUUUGUCAAUCUCUCUCGGUCUAAAGAGAAGUUUUGGCAGCGAGACUGGGAUGCCAUGGCCGAGGAACUUUCGCGGGGCAGCGAGAUCAUCCAGCAUGCUGAGCACUCUCCUGCCUCCAACACAGAGUCCAACGGCACUGAUCCAUCAGACAACUCAACCGCGAGCUCCGCGUUUGUUGAAUCACCUGCCACGCAGCAGUCUGCCUCGCCCGAGUUCGCGGCUGCCAAGUUUCCCGGCCAAGCGCAGGCGCCUCAGGCAUCCAGUCGUACUACCUCGCGCCGGGAAAAGCAUCUUCGGAAGGCGGCUUUCUACGCAGCCGACUCGCUCGCCAUGGCUGACAAACUCGGCGUGACAUUUGCCGAUUUUACAAGCAAAGAGCUGCCCCUCCAGUCGGCCAUGUGUGCGUUUGAUUGUGCUCAAGUCCUCGCCGAAUGGAUUGCCACGCUCCAGGAUCGAGUGGGCCGCUACCUCGGCAUCCUCGGCCAGGAUGAUGUUGACCUUUCGCAGGUGCCGGCCAUCAUGCUGCUGGAAGAGGAGGAUGUCAAGCUCAUCGGCAAGGUGCAGGAGGUACUUGCGUCUGCUGAGAUGAAGAUGAAUAUGGAGCUCGUCAAUGGCAAUGUUCCUGCGGUACAGAUGGACGAUCAUACGGGCUAUGCUGCAAAAGUCUUGCGCGUCACGGCUUACAUGCUGGACAAAGCCGCCGUGUGGCCAGUCACCCAUUUGAUGGCCCGAUGCCUAGAGACGCAUGCAACGCAUAUGCGCGCCCGCGCCGAAAAGUCGGUCAUGGCUUGUGAGUAA